GGAAUCAAAGCCUACAAGAAGAAAAUGGCAGUUGCUUUAUACAGACGGGAGACUAAGCAGAGGAAGAUUUGCUGAUUUUACCUCAUUUCUCAUUCCAACUAUGGGCCAAAAGCUGGGAAGCUUUUGGGGGAGAGCCGAAGGCAAGCAACACGUGCGAAAGAUAUGUGAUAAGAUAUUUGAUCAGUGCAUAGAAGGAAAUGAAAGCGGUCUUUUGGGAUUUAAUGAUCUUCACUGCGCUACAUUGUUGGUCUAUAAUGAAAUCAAUAAGAGUUUUCCUGGCCCUCACAAGGAACCCCCCUCUGCUGAAAUAGUUAGAAACAUGGUAGAGCAGCUUCUCGGUGCUCAAAAGCUUGAAGGGCUGGAUCGGGAACGGUUCUAUCUGUUGAUUUUGGAUUGGAUCUACAAAGAACUGCGCCUCUUUGCUGUAAACAAGUUCUUUCUAGCUCUUUUAGCAGCCCCUGCAAUGGCUGAAGCCACCAAAAACUCAGGCAAAAAGGUGCCCUGGGUUGAGAAAGUCAUAGAGAAGAUUCCAACUCCAAUUUUCAUCUCUGCAUACACUGUUGCACUUGUACUUCUCCAAGAUUUCAGCCUCUCUGUUUAUUAGAUUGCUUUAUUAGAUCGCUUUCGCAGUGAACCCAUGUUGGGGCUGAAAGGUCGAACCCAGUUGCAUCAGGUCCGUGUAUGCUCCAGUCAGUUGUAUUCGUCACGAACAUUUUACUUUGUAAUUUCUCAUCUGAUUCGUAACUAGUUCUUACGUCUUCCCUGUAAUUAUCUAUAUUGUCGAAAAUGCAUGCAUGCUUAUUGUUGAAAUUACUAGUUUGGGAC